AGAUAUCUUUGUUGGUUCUCUCGAGGUGUACUCUUUCUCGGACUAGGUCUACCGAUUCGUGUGCGUAUAAUAACAGACUAACGGCCUAUCUGAAUCCUGCCGCAAAACGUACCUGAUAGGGAUGUUUUGAACGAAAAGAAAACCAAGAGAUAUUUACCACACGUGACGGCUCAAGUCGGCAAAUAUACCUAGGCACCUACCUAGCUAACAUCUUCAACGUCGAUCCAGCCAGAGGCUCGACUCGAUCAUCAAAGCCACGCAAGAAAAGUAGCACGCCUCGCUCUAUUCCCGGCGUGCUUCCGAUGGCAUCCAAGGAUGAUGACGGCGGUGGUGCUUCCCGGGCCGCCGGAUCCGACGACUGCGGCUAUGGGUGCUGCAUGAUAGGGGUGCUCAUCUACUGGUCCUUAUGGCUCGUCUUCGUGGCCCUGCCGCCGAUCGACAUCGACGCCCUGCUGCCUGGGCUCCGAGAGCUCGACGGCUCUCCAUGCGCCCACGACAAGCCGACGACGUGCUCCGUGGAGUUUCUCGGCGCCAGGGGGCUCGAGCUGGCGCUGGCUCCGGGCGCAGCAUCCCCGGCCUUCGACCUCGUCGUGCACGUCGCCAACGGCCACUUCUACGAGCUGCGCCACGGCGGCGGCGACGUCGUCGUCUCGUACGCCGGCGUCCCGCUCGCGCGCGGGCGCACGCCCGGCUUCCGGCUGCCGGCGAGAGAGGCGGGGCGGUGGGCGGUUAACGCGACGAGCGCAGGGCUGGGGAUGCCCGCGGAUCUGGGUCGGCUGAUGGCGGCGGAGCGGAGGUGGGGCGUGGCGCAGCUGGAGAUCGACGUGGGCGUCGCAUGGCAGUCCUUCACCUGCGACGCUUUGGUCGAUGGGCAGCCCAGCUCGUCAGCAUGCAGGCUAGCUUAGACGCUUGACGUGACGAGCUCUUUUUCUUCGGUAGGUUUACA